AUGCACGAAGUGAGGGAGAGCUGCGCCGAAAACAAACACCACCCGCCACAUUUGUCCGGGCCUCAGUACUGGAUCGACGAGUUUUUGCAAUGGAGCCCGUCCAGUUAUGAAGGAGCAACUGAGAUCUUCCUCUCUUCGUCAGAUAUCUGGAUUCCAGAAUUUUCUCUUUAUUAUAGUCUGAACUUCAACGACGCCGUGAAGUUGCAAUCUAACAAUGACAUUCGCGUCAACCACACUGGUCACGUACGCUACUACAUUCCCUUCUCUUCGGAAAGCCUCUGCAAACUCGAUGUCAAAUUCUUCCCUUUUGAUACACAGCAAUGCACACUUCUGUUCGGUUCAUGGGCUCACUCAAAUGACUCCAUUAAGUAUUCGUUGUACACACCUAAGCUUUCUCUCAUUGAUUUUUAUGACAAUCAAGAAUGGGAGCUUGAUACGGUGCGAAGUACAGUGAAGUCAGACGGAUUUCUUUACGACUACUUAGAUCCUCCUCUAUUUUGGGAAAUGAUCAUUAUCGACUUGGUAGUUGAACGACAGAGCUUUUACUAUGGCAAGUUUUUCAAUCUGGUUAUUCCAAGCACAAUUAUCACUCUGGUAGCCGUAAUUGGGUUCCACACUCCCAGUACAAGUGGAAGAAUGAGAGAUGCAAAAUUUCGUCUGGGAAUAAUGACACUGAUGAGUAUGUCCGUGAUUCUCCUUGCUAUUGUUGAGGAUAUGCCCAAGUUCAGUAUGUCCUCCAACAGAAGAGGUCGUGGUUCUUUUUCAGGAAUCCCUCUUAUAGGUCUGUACUAUUUUAUUCUCCUAGCUAUUAUCGGUCUUUCAACAGUUACUACGUCGAUGUUUGUGUUUCUGGAACGAGAUGUCAGAGCAAAACGUAACAUACCAUGGUACCUACACUGGUUAUCGUUCGACGUACUGCGAAGGAGAACCGAAAGGUCUGGUCGAUUUUAA